UGCCUCUGAUUUUUGCUGGAAGAAAAUGAUUUCUUGCUCCUAGGCAAACUAAACCCACAAAUUAGGGAAGUGACUGUCUCCUGAGCCCUAUAAAGAGGGAGACAAGAUCACAAGCUGGUGAACUGUCCCACAGCUAAGACUUAGCUUCUUCUUUGAGCUCUCUGGUCUCCCUAACAUGAGCCGCCAAUUCACCUGCAAGUCAGGAGCUGCCUCCAAGGGGGGUUUCAGUGGCUGCUCGGCAGUGCUCUCUGGGGUCAGCUCGUCCUCCUACAGAGCAGCGGGCAAAGGGCUUGGUGGGGGCUUCAGUAGUCGGAGCCUCUACAGCCUGGGGGGCGGCCGGAGCAUGUCCUUCAACGUGUCCAGUGGCAGUGGGCGGACAGGAGGCUAUGGAUUUUGUCGGGGCCGAGCCACAGGCUUUGCUAGCAGCAUGUUUGGCAGUGUGGCUCUGGGGCCCUCGUAUCCAGCCACAUAUGUGCCUGGGGGCAUCCACCAGGUCACUAUCAACAAGAACCUCUUGGCCCCCCUCAAUGUGGAAGUGGACCCCGAGAUCCAGAAGGUGCGCACCCAGGAGCGGGAGCAGAUCAAGGCUCUGAACAACAAGUUUGCCUCCUUCAUUGACAAGGUGCGGUUCCUGGAGCAGCAGAACCAGGUGCUGGAGACCAAGUGGGAGCUGCUGCAGCAGCUGGACCUGAACAACUGUAGGAAGAACCUGGAGCCCAUUUAUGAGGGCCACAUCAGCAGCCUGCGGAAGCAGCUGGAGACCCUGUCUGGGGACAGGGUGAGGCUGGACUCGGAGCUGAGGAACAUGCGGGACGUGGUGGAGGACUACAAGAAGAGGUAUGAAGAGGAAAUAAAUAAGCGUACAACUGCUGAGAAUGAAUUUGUGGUGCUUAAGAAGGAUGUGGAUGCAGCUUACAUGAGCAAGGUGGAGCUUCAGGCCAAGGUGGAUGCGCUGGACGGAGAAAUCAAGUUCUUCAAGUGCCUUUAUGAAGGCGAGAUUGCUCAGAUGCAGUCCCAUAUCAGUGACACAUCUGUCAUCCUCUCCAUGGACAACAACAGGAACCUGGACCUGGACAGCAUCAUCACAGAGGUCCGCGCCCAGUAUGAGGACAUUGCUCUGAAGAGCAAGGCUGAGGCCGAGGCGCUGUACCAGACCAAGUUCCAGGAGCUGCAGCUGGCCGCUGGCCGACAUGGGGAUGACCUCAAACACACCAGGAAUGAGAUCUCAGAGCUGACCCGGGUCAUCCAGAGACUGCGCUCAGAGAUUGAGAGUGUGAAGAAGCAGUGCUCCAACUUGGAGACGGCCAUCGCUGAUGCUGAGCAGAGGGGUGACUGUGCCCUUAAGGAUGCCCGGGCCAAGCUGGAUGAGCUGGAGGGUGCCUUGCAGCAGGCCAAGGAGGAGCUGGCCCGGAUGAUGCGCGAUCACCAGGAGCUCCUGAGCGUGAAGCUGGCCCUAGAUAUUGAGAUCGCCACCUACCGCAAGCUGCUGGAGGGCGAGGAGAGCAGGAUGUCUGGAGAAUAUACCAAUUCCGUGAGCAUUUCUGUCAUCAGCAGCUCCAAUUCUGGGACAGCAGGUGCAGGGGCUGGGUUUGGGCUCAGUGGUCCUGGCACCUAUGGCUACCGGACCAGCUCUGUCAGUGGGGGCUAUAGUGUGCUGCCUGGGGGCUGUGUCACUGGCAGUGGGAAUUGCAGCCCCCGCGGGGAGGUCAAGACCAAGCUGGGCAGUGGAAACGACUUCAAGGAUGCCCCAGGGAAGACCUCAGUUCUGAGCUCACCCACCAAGAAAACCACGAGAUAAAGUGGCAGACUGCCCAGCCUGUUCCCCAGCAUCUGCCCUGCCCAGGUUUUCUCUGGACUCUCUUCUCCAGGAAGUUCCUCUGUCCUGUUGUCACCUUCUCCUUGUUUUUCUUUGUCACCAACAUCUCCUCCUUCUCUUUGAUCUCUCUGCCCUAGUAUUCUUAGUCAGAAUCCUGAUUCUGGGCUGGAGUUGCUUCCCCAUCCUUCUGCCUCCACAGAGACUCCUCAACUCAGCCUCUCUUUCCGGAUGAGGACCUGGCCCUUUCUCUGCCUGCGUGGCCCCUUACAGAGGAAGGUUCUCUCUCAAGAGUGGCACAAUUCUCCUGCUAUGCUCUCCACCCUGUCUCAGGCAGUCAUCCGCCCAGGUGUUCCCUGGACACAGAAGACCUCAGGUGCAUUGAUGCAUAGUCUAGGGAGAAUGGUUUCCUCUUAGACCAGCACCAGCUCAGGACAGGUGCCUGGUCACAGGUGUAUCUGGUAUGGUCACUGCCCAUUAUAGAGUUGAGCGUCCCCUGUGAGGCUGGUCCUACCAACCAAGGGAUCUGGGCUCUCAAUCUGAGUUAUUGUCCCUGUUUAGGUUUCAUCUCCCUGCUUCCUGUAUCCCACCAAUAAACUUU